AUGGUGGCAAAUGGCCCUGGGCGGCGCCAGGACCAGAGCAUGGUCUGGGACCCGGACACUUCGUCAGCUCUGAUGUUUGGAGGCCACGCGUCCAACACCUUCCAGUACUUCAAUGACCUCUGGCAGUUCCACUGGCCUUUGCGAAGCUGGGCCGAGCUGCAGCCAGAUUUUCCAGGUCCGUCGCCCAGAUUCGGCCACAGCGCCGUUUGGGAUGUCGUGUCGCGCACCAUGCUGAUCUUGGGCGGCACACACGUGAGCGAGACCUACGGCGACAUGUGGGCCUACGAGAGCACACGAAACCGAUGGACACUGUGGCUUUCGAGCGAAGGGCCCGGGCCGCGUGUAUACCACACUGCCGUAUGGGACCCGCUGCGUCGGGCCAUGCUGGCCUUCGGUGGAGAGCGUGGGGUGGACAUCCUGGCGGAGCUCCACUACUUCAGCUUCGUGAGCCGAGCGUGGUGGCCUCUGACGACUGGCUUAGGGCCACGCAGCAAGCACACGGCCUCGUGGGAUGCCGCCGCCCGGAGCAUGUUGGUCUUUGGGGGCUGGGACGGGCAAACGUACCUCGCAAGCCUCCAGCGCUAUGAUGCCAACUCCGACCGCUGGGCCGAAGUCACAGCUGCCGGCACCGUGCCGUGGCCACGAGGUGGGCACGCUGCGGCUUGGGACCCUGCCUCUGCCAGCGUCCUUGUUGUAGGAGGUGUGCAGAACCGAAGCGACACGCUGAGCUUCAGUGACGACUUCUUUAGCUUCAGCGUCCUCACUGGCUUUUGGAACGAGCUUGGGCCAGGAGCUCCUGGCGCCACAGCCGAUCUGCCCCCGGGCCCAUCCCCGCGCGCUUCUUCAAGCAUGGUCUUCGACACAGCCUCUCCAGCGUCGCUGCUCUUUGGCGGCUUCAAUGGCUCCUACCUGGGUGAGACGUGGAGAUACGUCAUGACACCUACAGCUCCCACUCCAACUGUGCGCUGCCAGCUGGGCCAGCCUUGCCUGCCAGAAGGUACGGACGCUGGCAACCUGAACAUGGACAAUCUGUGGCUAAAAACAAGCUGCCAAAACUACCAGGGCUUGCCGCCUUUGGAUGGCAGUCGCUUGUUUGUGGAGCCGGACAGCUACCAACUAUGUUCCUGCGGUGGGAGUUCAGACUGCAUCCUAGCGCAAGAUCAUACUGUGCCCGUUGGCCGUUUCAUUGCCGAAGGGCCUUAUGCCAACCAGUCUGCGCUUUGCUACAUUGGCUGGAAGUGCACCGUCCCCGUCUGGAUGGGCGUCGGCAUCUCUACCAACGAUUCCCUGAUCGCACGGAAUGACUGCCAAAAAAUGCUUGCGUCAACGUAUACCUUGGCUGUCACCAUAAACGAAUCUGCGAAUGCUUUUAGCCUGGAUGUGGGAAUGAUCGACUCGGCCGGAACAGCAGAGGUUGUGGAGCUUUGCUGGUGCCCCUUCAGCCAUUCCUGCGAUUCCGCGGAGGAUGGGCUUAUUUGUUUUUGGCCUAUCAUUGUGGUUAUGCUUACUGACUUCCAAGUAACAGCACUGCGCCUUCACAUCCAGUGCCCGCCGGGGCAAUACGAGCUCGAAGGCGCAUGCCAGCUCUGCCCUGCAGACCAGUACUGCCCGGGAGGCUUGGCCACGCUCUUUUUCUUUUGA